AUGAAGCGGCCUGCAACCACCAGAUUGGAGAAGAUGGCGGAGCUCUUCGACCUUCCGGAGGAUGAGGCCGCUGAUGAUGAGGGUGAGAAGGAGGAUGAGGCAAUGGAGGAUGGGGGUGAGGGUGAGGAGACCGAUGGCCGAGAUCGCUCCAAGAGCAGAAGGUUCCAUCAGAUGUUGAAAGCUGGCUCAUUGCCUGCGGCGGCCCUCGAGGCGUGGCAGAAAGCAUCGACGCGUGCAGAGCAAACCACGCUCAUCAAUACGUGCCUCAAGAAAGACGGUAAAAAGUACAUCAUCAAGCCCGAAUUCUCGACUCCCUCUUCCUACCAAAUGGACAAGAACAUGAGCAAACAGGAGCGAGCGCAGGACAUCCAAGAAGGUUUCGGCAAGCUCAUCUUCCAGAAAAAGUACGGCUUGAGCGACGACGAGCUCAACAGCUGCUUGUCCUCUGGAGAGGUGAUCUCCUGGAAGCAUGGGGGACUGCAGCUCUUUGCAGCGACGAACAUCAUGUUUUCCUCGUCCGCGACAAAGACAGUGGAGGAAAAACUGGAAGGCCAGCGAGUCGAGCUGGAUGAGGAAGGUGGCGGUGCAUUCGGCGCAAUCUUCGGUAGCAUGUUGCCUGAAGUCUCCCUCACAGGGACCAACGCUGCGCUCCAGCCUUUGGAUUCAUCUUCAGCAACACAGCCGCUGGCCUUGAUGGGUGCGCCAGAGGCAGAGUUGACAGGGGAGGCCCUCCUCAGGGGCAAGAAGGCUUUGGAAUCAGCAAAGCAAGCCAUCCUGAAGCUUGAGAAGGACGGUAAGGCUAUGGUCCUCAAGGUGAAGGAUAACAAGAACGACGAAGUGUACCAGAGCCUGAAGGGAAUCCUCGCCACCUUGGACCGUUCAUCAGCAGUGAUUGAACAUGCAGUGUGUUGGGACGAGCUCCCUGAUGGGAAGCUGAUCACCAAGCACUCACUGAAGACUUUUCUUCUUGAACACAAAGCUGUUGCUGUGGACUGCUCAGAGAAGCUGUCUGGUUGCCUGGCGCGUUUGAAGAGCCGUUCUUGA